AAAGUCCUCAAAAAGCUAGACCUGCUUUGUUAGUUUGCAACAGGCUUUGCUUCCUUACCAGUUAGCCCUCGUGGCCGUUGGGCUUUGGGCUUUUUGCCUUUUAACCCUUGCCUGCACUGCACUGCAGGCCAGUGCUGCACCAGCCACCACCGCCACCAUGUGCGGUGCGGUGCGGUGCCUCCUAUUUACUCCCACCACUUGCUGUCGCGCGGCGCCACGGCUACUUGUUGCAUCAAAGCUUCCAGCUCCAGCCUCCACGAACCCAAAGAAUAGCAACUCGUCAGCUCGUACGAAGUUCAAGAGCAGCAGAAGCCAGAAGCCAAGAGUAGGAGAAGAACAGGGGAAGAAAGGAGAGAGAGAGAUGGGAGAUGCCACAUUGUCCAAUGUGCAAUGCUACUUCUCGUUGCUCACGUCGUUGCUGCUCUGCUCCUGGUUCCUGCAUCCGUCGCAAGCAUUCAAGCUGCAUGGCGCUGGCUACGGCGCCGAGGAGAAGGUGCCACUGACUUUUAUAGUGCCCGAGCCCUCGCCGGGGUUGUCGCCGCUCGCCGCGCCGCCCCCGGUGACCGGCGCCGACGACGACGGCAUGAGGCCGAGGCUGCCAACGGAGCGGUGGAGGCGCGGCCGGGGCGAGGAGAGGCGGGGAAAGGGUGAGGAAAGGCACGGCGCGCACGCUCCGGCUCCGGCGCUCGCGCCGUCAUCGUCGCCCGGCCCCUCGCGCGCCCCCGCCCCCGCCUCGGCCGAAGCGCCGGCGCCGGACUCCGGGAGCGGCACUCCUUUCAUCGAGAGCAGCCCGGCCGUGCCCGUCCCGCGCGGCGUCACGGACACGGCCACCAUCCUGCCAAUGUCCGCGCCCGGCGUCAAGCGCCAGGACGUGGGGGGAGCUGCUUUGGUUCGACCCGGUAUGGUGCCAGUGGUGGUAGGGUUCAUCAUGAUGGCGUCUUUAGGAACUUUAUGCUAGAUGUUCUUCUCCUUUCAUCUCUAGUACGUACCGAUUAGUGGCCAUUUUAGCAGAGUCGAUUAAGCUUUCUUUCUUCCUUUUAGUGCUCAUGUUCGAUCUAAUCCACUGUAAACAAAGCUCGUCUGCCCUUUUAUUUUGGCUACCUUCUUUUGUCUUCCUUUCUGCUGCUAGGCUUAAAGUUGCUGCUUUCGUAGACGACAUACCAUGCGCACGGUAAAGGACUAACCCUGGCAGAAAAAGGACGAAAGGUGGAAAAGAAUAGCUGCGCGAUACUACGGUGGAGUCGUAUACACUGAUGAUCGACCCUCUGCCUCUAGACUUCGCAGUUGAUCUACUCCAAAUUAGCUCGAAUUUUCUGGUGAACUGGUUGGUCUAAAAAAUUCUACUGUACUAUAUACACCGUGUUACUACUUAAAGCUAAGAUUUGUUGAGAUCCA